CAUAUAUAAGGCGGCCUCCCCAGGGACAUUGCCGAUAGUCCAAAUCCGCGAUACUCUGUGUACGGACACCCCUGAUACGAUCGAUCGAUUAGACCGCGGUGAGAUCAAUCCGGAGAUCGAGAGCAAGAAAUUGACGUAGAAUUCUCUACAAGUUGAUUAUUCUUCAUCGAAUUUAAGAAUUUUUGACUUUCCUCAGACGGGAGAAAUAUAAAGAUAUAAAAAACUUGCGAAAGUUGAGCCACCUUUAGUGAGGAUUGCUCGUUGGUUCGUGAUAUAGAAUAGAUAUUAACGACGGAUGAAAUCGUGAGGGCACGCGUUAUGGCGAACCAUCAUCCUGCGUACGACUUCGAGGACAGGGGCCAGAGGAUCCGCCAUCGAGUUGGUACCGCUUCGAGACCCGCGGACUCCACCGUGGCUUGCACCAGUAAUCAAUACUACGUAGGACCUACUGGUGACAUCACUGAGGAAGAUUUGGCGGAAUUACCCUCAUGCGUUUACGCAGCGAGAUCCACGCAACAUGUCACGCACACGUCACCACAUACACAUUCACCCUUGCAUUAUCAUAUGCCAGUUUCAACGCCAGAUCAUAAUGAUACGGAAAUGAACGGCGUGGAAGAGGGUUAUUAUCCAAAUGGCAGCCCUUAUAGAAUUCAACGACACGCCGCUAAUAUCCGUGAAAGAAAACGCAUGCUUAGCAGCAUCAACUCGGCUUUCGACGAGCUCCGGGUCCACGUGCCAACGUUUCCUUACGAGAAGAGGCUCUCGAAGAUCGAUACUUUACGCCUGGCCAUAGCGUAUAUCGCGCUUUUGCGUGAGGUCCUAGCGGCGAGGCUAGAUCCGUUGACGUACGUGGAGAGGUGCCUUAGGGGUGAGAUAAACGGUGAACGCGCCGAGUGGAAUACAAGCGACUUGACGGCACGCUUGUCCUGGAUAAAUUGGGAGAAUCUGGGGGUGAACCCGAAUCGGCGAUCGGUACUUACUACCCUUGCGUUAACAACUGACAAUAUGAAUUAUAGUAAACAGUUAAUGGAGAUUUCAUCAAAGAACUGCAGCGAGCAACGUUCCUUCGAAAUUCAAGAAAUCCAUAUUAAGGAUUUUCCUAAGACAACCAAUUCUUCAAUGGGGAAAGAUCGGGAAGAAGACGAUGCGAAAUGUGUUCCCUAUGAUUUGUUCUUAAGUUCAACUUCGAUUGACUCUAUCCAAGGGAAAGUAUUUGAUGGGAAAACAGGGGUGAUCCUGCUGGAGCCAGAGGCAGUGAGAAAUCGCUACGAGACCGACCAUGCAGUAGCAAAUUGUCGGGUGAUCGAGCUGAGCCAUAGCGACUCCAAAAUGGCCCUGCGACAGCAAUUUGGACAAAUGUCAGAGUACAGUAACUCAAAUUUGCAGAGCAAGCCAGCGGAUUAUGAAAACAUGAAUAUCUUGCGAAAACUGCCGCCAGAUACGGUCGUGAUAAGGCAAGAGAAGAGAAGAAAUAAGGAGAACAGCGAUUAUAAAGAGUUGACGGAAACAAACAGCAGUGGCAGCAAUUCGACUUCCAGUUGUGCAGGUGCCAAAGCGAAGAGGAUCUCUCGAGUCGUCAGGAACAAAACACGCGAAGCAAUUGAAGUGAGACGAAAUCCCAUGCGAGUAUCCAAGAAGAACAUCAAUAAGGAUUUUUCGCGGCCCAAACAACGACUAUUGGCGAAUAAGAAGCGAGAGAUUUGUUAUGAAUCUGGCAAAUGCACGAGGUCGUCCGCAACGCCUUAUAUGAACACCAGAUCUGUCACCCGGAAAAUGUAUACCGUGGGUGCUACUUAUCAGGCACCUACCAAGAGAGACGAGGCUGAAUGGAAAGAGUGGCCCGUGCAUGGAAUGCACGAGAGGCCGGUCUAUCAUCCUCAAGCUGGUCUGGCAGUGGAAUAUUUAGGAAGAUAUUUUACCAGCCUUGAUAGAUUAUCCUAUUGCGAAAUUAUCGACGAGCCAGAAAUCGAGGUGGUCGCUGUCGAUCCGCACCGUGAUCGGCGAUUUUCAUCGAUCGAAAAAAAACCCAAAGGGAAGACGAAAUUAAAAAGUAAACGUCCGCUGAAUGACAAGGAUGCAUGGAGCACCUAUCUUUCCAUGAAGAACAAGUCUUUCGAGACGUGCAUGCAUGGGAGUCUUCACUGCGUGCUUGGUUACUGCUCGCAGAUUAUGACACCAACCUGUAGGCAAGCUGUAGAAGAGAAAACGACGAGACUGACUACUUCUGCAGCUAGCACGAGUUCCUCGGUGAAAGAAUCGGCGAAAGAGAUGACAAAUUUUAAAGAUAAUGCCACAUGUUCCUCAGAAAGCGUUAGCAAAUUUACCGGAGAGGCAAAAUUAUUGGAAGCCUAUGCUAUUGCUAUGGCACAGAGCGCUCAAAAUAAAAGUAUCGUAAAUAACUCGAGCAAACCCUCUUCGACUUUUACGUCGUCUUCAGCGACGUAUGUGCCGGAAGUACAGCGUUUGAUCGUAGAGAAUGAUGCUAAGAGCAUCUGUUCAACUUACGAAUCCGAUAAAUGCAUGAGUAGAAAAAUGAUACAAAUGGAUUUGAAGCGGAUCCUUCGAGGCUCACCAAAUAACUCUCUGAUCUUGCUAAGAAGCUCGGCAGAAAGGGCGAAAGGGAGCGGCGAGAACUACACAGUAGCAGCAAAGGACGUAGUUAACUCGGUCAAGUUGGAAGACGCAUCCAUCGGCGAUGAGACGCUGAUGGAAAUGUCAUCGAUCUACAAGAAGUUAAUGUUUGCAGAUGCAGAUCCGACACUGAGUCGCGAGGAACCCAGACACAAUUUGUAUAGCUUGAAGAGACACGUCACAAAUUCACGAGAGUACUCGACUAAGGUCUUCAUGAAUAACCAGCUGGAGAAUAAGAAGAUUGUCCAAGUUAUAAAGGAGAACAACGAAAACAGAAGCGUUGACGAGAUGAAAAGUCGAGAGUUCGAUGUGCCCACAACGAGUUCCGGUAAGACUCGUGCAUGGUGCACCACCGAGACCUCGGAGAUCGCCAAGAUCCUGUCGGAAUACAACAGAGGCGCGUCAAAGAAGUCUGCGAUACAGAAUCCGAUCUGCUGCUCGAGAGCGAAUUUGAUGAAUUCGAGCAUUAAAAGUCUGCCGCAAAAUCUUUGGAAUCAAACGGAUCCGCCAACGACGGAAGGAAAUCGGAGCUUUGUAACGAACGUAGGUGCAGCUCUCGAUUUUUCACAGGGAAAGUGGAAAUUUCACGCGACGCCGGAGAAGACUAAAGACACUCAAGUCACCAGCACUCAAGUUGGAACGGCUUGGAACGACUCGUCGCUGGAAAAUCGUCAGGUUUUUUUGAAGGAUCUUAAGCAGAUGAACUUGAGCGCUGCGGAUUACGCAAGAGAGAAACCCAUUGAAUCUCGCAAAGACACAACCGAGCAACGAGAAAUCAUUAUGGUCGAUGCAAAAUCGAAAGAGUGCUCUAAAGGUGAAAUUAAAUCUUCAAAGACAGAAUCGUUGCAGGAAUUAUUGGAGAAUACUGCGCUCUUAUACUGCGCCGCCAAUGGAGUACAUCAGGACAAUCUGUCCAACUAUAUCGAUACUCUAGACAAUACGCAGAGCAUUCAGUGGCUAGAGAAUUGGAAUAAUUCUAUUGUGUAAAGACUUAAUAGCAUUUUAGAUAAUAUCUUUUUCGUUCAGUAAUAUUGUGUUUAGUAUGUAUGAUGCAUUGUGUAUCGUUGUGUUUAAAAUUGUGUUCACUUAUUGAGAAAUUUCUACUAAUAAACUGGUUUCGUAAAGCA